AUGAUUGUUUGUAACAUUGGACGAGCUUUGUGGUUCUGUUUGCUAUGUGUCGCCUCUGUUGCUCUCGUACCCAAAUCAACCGAACACAUUACCCGCGCGGGGAUCUAUUAUUUGCUCGAUGACCGGCUGGAAUAUGUGCACAACUAUUCCCGAUGUGAUCUGCUCCAGGAUGCGCUGAAUCGGUUCGCGGAACGACUGGAUCAAGUGAGCACUGAUUUGGGUUAUGAGAAUGACAAAGUGAAAGAACUGUCCAGCUUGACCAAGAUGCAAAUCCACAUUAAUUCGGGAUGCGAUGAAUCUGCCCAAUUGUUGUGGCCCACAGAGUUCAUGAGGGAGGAAUAUGUUGUGGACGUUAGUCACGGGGUGAUCAAUAUCGUCGCCGAGCAAAUAUGGGGCAUACUGCACGCACUGGAAACCGUACAGCAACUGAUUUUCCUGAACCGCUUCCGAAUGCGAAUAAUUCAAUCUCAGCUGAUUCUGGAUGAACCACGUUUCGCGCAUCGCGGCUACCUGAUAGAUACAUCUAGACAUUAUUUGCAAACCGAACUGAUUUUGAACUUCCUGGAUGCAAUGUCCAUGGUCAAAAUGAAUGUUCUUCACUGGCACAUUGUGGACGACACCUCGUUCCCGUACUACUCGCACACAUUUCCAAAUCUGACUCUAAAGGGAGCAUACCACCCGUUUGCCUAUAUCUAUACACGAGAAGAUGUGCUACGCGUAAUCCAACAUGCCCGAAGCCGUGGAAUCCGCGUGAUGUCAGAAUUCGACACACCGGGACACACACAAUGUUGGGGCCUCGGUCAUCCGGAACUUCUUACACAGUGUUUCGAUAAUCAUGGAAACCCAACAAACGAGUUGGGGCCGAUAGAUCCAACUCGAAAUUCGUCAUACGAAUUCAUGGAGCAGCUGAUGAAUGAAGUGAAACAGACGUUUCCGGAUAAUUUUGUUCAUCUAGGUGGGGACGAAGUGGACUUCAGUUGCUGCUGUUGGUAUCUGAACUACAUUCAAUAUGGAAAUGAUUGGAUUGCGCAAUACAACUGUGACCCGACAGAGUUUGGAGGUUCAAUUGACUUUACAGGUACACCCGAGGAGAUUUCUCGUGUUCUUGGAGGAGAAGCUGCUAUGUGGGGCGAAUACGUAGAUGAUACAAACAUAUUUAGCCGAUCCUGGUGA